CGCGUACGCAACUAGAACCGUAAGUGGCCGUUGACCGUUGAAAUAAGCGAAAGUUGAAGUAACCGGAAUUGAAAUAAACGAGACAUGACUGUAGCUUUUCAAUGAGGCGGAGUGGGCUUUGGAAGGACUGACGACGAGGUGAAGCACGGAAGUAACCAAGUAACCACGGAGCCUUUCAAAGAGGCAUAAGUCGAUCAGGAGGGGCAGCCGCCGGACCGCACCGGCCUCAAACAAACCAGCGCGGACGGUGUGUCGGGGGAACCACUUCUCAAAAUUAGCAAGGCCCUAUGAUGGCCGACCCGUCGUCCCUUAGACCGCCGGCAGAGUCUUCCGGCCUCCGGCACUCGCCGUCCAUAGACGCCGCACUGGACCUAGCUGAUAUCAACGGAGAAAUAAGCCGGGACCCAAAAUACCGCCGCUACGCCCAAGCCGUCGACAAAAUCCUUCAAUCCUUCGACACAAUCAGCGAAUGGGCGGACGUUAUCGGGUUCCUCACGCGGCUCGCGAAGGUCCUACAAGCGCAUGCGACGUACCCCGUGGUACCCCGACGGCUGGUCAUAUCGAAGCGGCUGGCGCAGUGUCUGAAUCCGGCGCUGCCGGCGGGGGUGCAUCAGAAGGCGUUGGAGAUUUAUACGCUGAUUUUGGAGGCGUCUGGGGCACAUCAGCUUGGAGAGGAUCUGCCGUUAUGGUCGCAUGGCCUGUUCCCGUUCUUGCAGAAUGCGACGACUAGUGUCAAGCCGCUCGUUCUGACGAUCUACGAGAAGUACUACCUACCAAUUGGAGGGAGGCUGAAGCCAUGUCUGAAAGGGAUGAUCCUAGCGGUGCUUCCGGUUCUGGAGGAGGAGAAUGGGGACUUGUUUCAACGCGGAGUUGCCCUAUUGGACGCGAUGUCGGGAGCUGUUGGGCAAGGCUACUUCUUCCAUUGUUUUUGGUUGUCUGUGAUGGCGGUGCCACAUUGCCGACUGGCGGCGACGAACUACCUGCUGAAACGAAUGCCGAAAAUGACAUCGGCCGAAGAUGUCGCUGUGGUCCUAGGCAACAAAACAAGCCUGCUUGCCAGAGCACUAUCCACCGUCCUCCGAGACGAGAAGGUCCUAGUACAAAGAGCUGGUCUCGAGAUCCUCCUCGUUCACUUCCCACUAGAUUACGGUCUGUUUCAAGGGGAUGACCUGACGCUGCUGCUGAUUGCAGCCGUCUCGGUGGUUAUGAGGAAGGACAUGUCGCUGAACCGGAGGCUGUAUGCGUGGCUGCUGGGGUCUGCGGAUGUCAAGGUGUUCAAUGAGCGGAACUGUGAGAGUCUCGGGGUUGCGUUGAAGUCCAUGUUUUCGUCAGCCGGCAACGAUUCGGCUGAUCUGGCGAAACCGUACAAGAUCAUGAUUUCGCUAAUGGACAAAAGCGAGAUUGGGUUUCCGUUAUUGGAGCACACGUUCGUUGACAUUGCGUGGUCGUUGCGCGAGCACCUGAGUCAGCCUGGCGAGCAUACAGAGCUUCUUCAAACGGCCAAAAUGUUUAUGGAUAUGGUGGAUCCCAUGAUCAUCUGGAAGCAGCUGCAUCGGAUCGUCUUUCCCCAAACGCCAGCGCACACGACGGACAAGACGUUCAGGCUAAUGGAAUUCAUUCUAACGCGGUUCAACUGGGCGGACGACGAAAACCAGCGUAUCCACCUUCCAUUCUUCCUCAAAAGUCUAACAUCAGAGCUUCUCAAUUCGCUACCGGAUAGAUCCCCUGCAGCGAUCUCGCGACAUGGCUGGAUGCUCCGGCUAACCCAACUGGUCCGCAAAUGCAUGCACACCAUCGUCCUCCAGCACUCCUGGCCUUUGCGUGAUUACGUGGGUGCCAGCGCCGAUGUGGCUGUUGAGCGGAAAGAUUCGCGGGUGUCUUUGGACGGCAACGAGGAGCUUUUGCGGAAACCUUCCGCCGCGGCGAUGAAGCCCGUGGACAACACUGACCAGGAGGGGGGUUCCUUGAAGACGGUGAUAGAUAAUUUUUACCGGGUCGCAGGUCGGACGGAGAUUCCGUUGACUGAGGCCAAUGGGAAUGAGGUUAUGGUUGGGAAGCACGUGGUGCAAUCGGCGUUUGACGACUUGUUGAUACUCGUACCCGCGCUAGCGGGAUUCAUCUCGGUGCGGCAGCAGGACGCCAGCACCUUACCUCGUGAUGGUGCUCUGGAUACAGCGCAGGAUCAUGCGGUGGAACAAACAGUGGCAUGUUUCCUCGAUUUGACGAACAUCCUGCAGGAUCUUGCCGCCUUCAUGGAUUUGCCCGCAAUUGGGCUGCCAUCGGAAGAUGCGGUGUCAAGUCUCGAUGAUGGCGCCUCUGUACCGCCACAGGAAGGAAAUCAACUACUAUGGCUCCAAUCCCUCGGGACGGUAUGCCUGGAGACGUCCUCGUUCACAUUACUGGACGGAACCCUGAGCUGCCUGAUAGCCCUCGUUGCCAAAGGGGCACUGCCCCCAUCGUCCGGCCACCGUCUGUUUCAAUUCAUCGAGAAGGUGGUCUUUCAACUCUGGCGGUUCCUCGCGCCGUCGCAGCUGAAGCACCACUCACGCGUGAUCCACCUCAUAUGGGUGCUGAGCACCACAUUCAACGCAUACAUCGUCGAGGACGUCGUCGCCAGUCUGCUGUCGAACGGGACCAUCACGGAACGCGCGGCCCACUUCCAGAAGUUUGGGAUCCUGUGGCGGUUAUCGAGGGACCAUUACCUUGCUAGCCGAUGGUUCUCUCGGCCCCUGUUUAUCAUGAUUGACACGCUGGAGAGUCCGGAUUUAAGUCUUCGGAGGAGUGGGGAGGCGUGGUUCAAAUCCUUCUCGUAUUCGUGCACCGACCUCAUCGAUCCGUUGGUGGAUAUUCCGCUACGACUACCUGUACCCCGCGUCGUCAUGGUCGACGUCGGCGAAGUGAGCGUACGUACGUUUGGCACGAAUGCUCAACAGAAUACGGCGCAAGUGAUGUACGCACUAGAAGCGCUGUUGAAACUGUUCCGCUUUGACGAGCUGGCGAUGCUGGAAACGAUCUGGACCACCAAUUACGCGGCAACGAGACGCGCGCCGACGUUACAAUGGCUCGAGACGGAGUAUCAGCUGCAGCCGCAACCACCGCUGUAUGCCGAGGUCCUCAUAGCGUUGUGCCUGAGGAUCGUUGAGAGUGUUGACCGUGAUGGGGACACGAACGCCGCGAGCAUAACAGCCCGCCUACAAACAGUGGCGGCCAACUUGCUCGCCUUUGUCCUGCGCCAAGCGCCGCUUCUUACCCACCAUUUACUCGCGAAGACGCAAGAUUUUCUUUUGAAGAAGCUUCUGUAUCUGGUGUUCCACGGCAAAUUGGACCUUCAGCCAUCACUUCUUGACGUGCUUCGGGUGAUCGACAACCUGUUGGUUGCGCACUCUUCUGGCCAGGAACUGGGGAUGUCGCCAAAGUGGAGGAGUGAAACCCUAGCCUCGGGACCUGCGGAGGGUGCGUCUCCGGCCAGACGGGUUAGGAGCAGCACGGAUGUUCGGAGACAUGAGGAUAUCGUGAGUUCCCCCGUCUUUCUGCAAGCGGUAGUGGACGCACUGUCAAGAGCAUCGAAUCGACCUGUCCUACAUCACUGGAUGGAUUUCGUCCUCUCAUGCCUCCCAUCACUACGCAACUCCUUCAAGCACACCCUCCUGCCCAUCGUGAAGGCCAUACGCGGCGAACUGACAAAGUACCAUGCAUCAAUGCUGAACUACAUGCAGGCGUCAAGCAAGACGAGCAACAACAUCGACCGGCUUCAUGACGAACAACCGUCCAUGGUUCAGCCGGAAUGGGAGGUCAUCGUUUUCCUGAACGGGCUGGAGAUCAUCACCAUUUUCUGCUUGAGCGAUCGCGUGGGGAUACAUGGUGACGCGUCCAAAGGCACGGCGCCAUCGGUCGGCAGCCUACGACUGUUGACGGGGUAUAUGACCAGCGUUUUUGGUGGCGAGGAGAGAACCGAUGACGCGAACAGCAUACAUCAGAAAUUGAAGGAUACCACUCUGAACAUGCUGCCGCGGCACUUUCGGAUUAUGCAGCAGCUCUCUAGCCUUUUCAACAGUAAACGGUUACUUGCAGAUGAAAAAGAGCAGGGCUCAUCCAGCACACUGGCGUCGUUGCCUCCUCACCAAACGGAUGCGUUCAGUGUGUUUUCGGAACGGAUACGGUUUCGUGUGAAACAUUUUCUGAGGGCAACGUACAAGGCGUAUCCGGCCGAUACGAUCGAAAGCUCGAUUGAGGUGUGGUUUGCUGAGAAUAGUGGAGCAAACCUUGAAAAUGCAAGCCAACUGCACCGCUCCGCCGUGGAUAUGAUGGACAGUAUACCCGAAUGCCGCCCGCAGGUCAUCAUCACCACGGUUGUCAGUGCGUUGCGUGAGCGGUCCGCGUUGGAGCAAUCCCCACAGCGGGAUCGCUCGAGAAGAGCGAUGCGAAAAGCACGGGCAUUAUCGGACACCUCCCUGCUGGUAUUCCUGACGAGAUACUGUGAACAGUGGGCGGAGCUGGACGCUUUGUCGGAAACAUGGCCGAUUGUGGCCUCAUAUGCUCGCGACGCACAUACCCAGACUGCUGCGCAUCGGCAUUUGUUCUUACCCAUUUUGAGACUCUUGAAUGUAUAUCUGGACCGCUAUUUCUCGCAACGACUUCCGGAUGACAAGCGGCACCAUCGGGAGGCGGAGGACAUUUACACCAAGGUCUGCGACUACUGCAUACUGAUAGGCGGCCGGUCACUUGACCAGGGCUUAUGGCGCAAAGCGGCGCCGUCGAUGGAUCUCGGGCCAAGUGAUCUUGGAGGACAGCAUUAUCUCCAAGCGGAACAUUCCAAGAGCUCGAUAUUCUUGCCGGAACCGGACCAUACUGAAAAGCUGUCUGCGAAGGAGCUUGAUGAUGCGAUUGUCCGCGAGGUCAUCGAGUAUCUCGCGCACACUUCAGUGACGACCAUCAAACGAAGUUUUCAAGAUUCCGACAAAGUCUCGCUGCUCCUAUCAAAUAUGGUGUACUAUAUCGUCGCGCCGGUGUUUCGAAAACAGCAAAGUGGGAAGCCGCAAGCAUUACCGAUUCUGGACCUUGUCUGUUCGAUGACGAAAGUCCCUGGGCCACAUAAGGCUUGGCGGCGUGAAGCAUGGGAUGCGUUUCUGGACAACAAGUUCUUUGAGAUGACUUUGCCGUCGAGCAAGAAGUGGAGUGUUAUCUUGGAAGCUUUGUUGUCCGCUGAUAAGGAGAAGAUCAUGGAUCUGAUAGGGCGGAUAUCAGCAGUGCCGUCCACCACCAUCUUCAUGUCGCGGGAUCAAGAGGUUCUGAUCCGGAUGUACGGCCUUCGGCGUCUAUCCUUCGCCAUAUUCAGCGGGUCGAUGAACCAGUACGUCUCACGACUGCCGAGUAUACAAGAGAAGCUGGUUGAGAUUUUCAAGACGAAAUCCAAUCAGAUGCAUGUUGAGGCGUAUUUUUGUCUGAGAGUUCUGCUCUGCAGAGUGUCGGCGCAUCACUUGUCGAAUUUCCUGCCAACCAUUCUUACUGAGCUGAUUCGGGUGUUUGAAGAGUUCAUCGUGGACACGUCGUCAGACCGCCCGGACGAUUUGCCGGCGUUCUUCGGCGCCUGUAAAUUUUUGGAUCUUAUGUUGGUGUUACAGGUGGAGGAGUUCCAAUGGUCGCAAUGGAUUUUCGUGAGCGAGACGUUGGAGAUGAUCCGGGACGCAACGUUGCAAGGGGGUAAAUUCGUAGCGCUCGCCAACAGACUGAGUGGAGUGCAGACGGGACGGUCCUCGGAACUCGCACGAUUGUCGGCUGCCAGCAGCCCUGGCCCGCUUCGUGCAUCGACUCCUCAAGCGCCCACGUCGCCAUCGACACCUAAACACGGUGGCGAGAACGAUGUUCCCCCAUCGGCCAGGCGGCGUCCCCUACUAACCACCAAAUCCAUCACCACCAAACGCGACCUGGACCCCUUUUUCCAAUCCGUCAGUCUGCAAGUCUACGACUGGAGCUACGAAAUGGCACCACCAGACACGGCCUACAUCGAGGCGAUCCUCGAGGCCGAGUUUUUGGUGGCGGAUACGACUGCUGUCGAUGGCGCGUAUGCGGCUAUCAGUGGGGACAAGCCGGUGCUAGAGUCGCCGGUUAGGGUUGCGACGCCGGCUAGUGGGAGGAGUUCGAGGACGGUGACGGAGGCGGUGGGCGCGGGUGAGGGGGGCAGUGCAGAUGUAGGAUAGCAUCUCUGGAUGUGGGAUAAUGUGAUGUACACAUACUUUAUGUAGGAUUUUUGCAUGUGCGUUCAUACAGUACCAUCUCAUUUCUGAUGCACGUUAGGACGUACAUCCUGAACCUUCUACAAAUGAUUAUAUUGGACGACCACACA